AUGCAUCCAUCAAUUCGCCAUUCUGAAGAUAUUGACUUUUUCCAAUCCCCACAACUUGGCCUUAAGACCGGUAUCUCCGUCGGUAGAAACUACAUAAUGGGCUCCAACGCCAAAAUGGUCCAUUUAUUAUACUCCAAUUUUCAUCGGGCACAAUACAAUAGAUGUUUAUCUCCAAUGGGAAAAGGAAAGCAAAACAUCGCAAAGCAAGACAAGGUAGGAGAAUGCAAUAAAGAAUGUCAUGGCGAACACUCAAGUCAAGGCAAGCUACUUGAGUAUUUCACGAAGUCAAAUGCACACGAGUAUGACCCUAGCUUGAAGAUACACAAGUCGGAGUAA